AUGGCCAAAUCCAAGAACUCGUCUCAGCACAACCAGUCGAAGAAGGCCCACCGUAACGGUAUCAAGAAGCCAAAGACCCACAGAUACCCAUCGCUCAAGGGAACCGACCCCAAGUUCAGGAGAAACCACAGACAUGCUCUCCACGGCACGAUGAGGGCUUUGAAGGAGGUGAAGGAGGGCAAGCGGGAUGCGGCAUAA